GUAUCCUUUGCCCACAAUUUUGCAUUUCACAUCCAUGCAAUGUGGGCAAAAUUGGAUCUGAGUCCAUGGUCACAGCCCUUCCUUGUGGAGUUGUGCAUGCAGAAUGCGCAUCUUGGGAGGCUGAACACAUUGAUUUCGUUAAACUUCAGUUUACGUGCAAAACAUGUUGUUUCUCACUUUGUUCGCCAUAGAGAACGAAGGAGAUCGUAGUAAUUUGGAACGGGAAGUCCUGAAAAGUUGAGUCCACAACUUGGGUAUUGGACUGAAAUCCUGAGAGGGCCACAGUAGGCAUCCCUCAAGUUUGCCAAACCAGCAAAACAUUGACGGCAAUCAGAUUUCUUACCUUUCAACACUGAACAUGGUGUGUCUUUAGGUUUAUUAUUUGUUUUUUGUUCUAGUAGCAUCCUUGUUCCUAGUAGCGAUGCCAGGUACCCCUAGUAGCUUCUUGCUCCUAGUAGUAAGGCCAGAAGCCCCUAGUAGCGUCCUUGUUCUUUACAUGCAAAAAACAUGUUCCGACCGAGGUGAGUCUUUCGUGUUUUAGUUCAGUUCUUUUCUCACAUGUUCAUGUGGCAAAUCGACAACACGCACAGAGCUGCGCUGUGGGCGUGCUCAACCUGCGCCGACAACAUGGCGAAAGCCAGUGUACAAAGUGGCAACUGGCCUCCAACCUAGUAGCGAUGGCCUCCAACCUAAUAGGAGGCCAACCUAAUAGCGAUGGCUUCCAACCUCAAGCAAUGGACAAAGUGGCAACUUUAUCUCAACGCAAAGGAACUCUUCGUUGGGCGGCGCAAGGCACAAAGGGCGUUGAUGUAAGAACGGAUGGACGCAGCUUGAGCAAAGAGACUCGAAUCGCUCAUGGUUCCUGCAGUAAACUCGAACCUACUAGCAAUGGCCUCCAUCCUGAAAAGGGAUAGCGCAGAGCCAGAGACCCGGAGUGCUCCCACCAUCACAGAGGAGACUGGGCUGGAAGCACUAGUCCCUAGUAGUAAGGCCAGGAGCCCCUAGUAGCGUCCUUGCUCCUAGUAGUAACAAACUACCAGAGAAACUCGCAGCUAAUCUUUAGUACUUUGUAGGUUGUUGGCCUUCGCUUUUAGGGUGGAGGCCAUCGCUAGUAGGUUGGCUCAGUAAGGCUUAGCUGACCACUUCUUGCAGGGUGCUCGUGGGUCGUCUUGGGUAUGGCUUUGUGCCUUCACUGCUUACUCAAUCCUAUCAGGUCCUGUGCAACUGUGCUCUUCGCGACUGCACUUUCUUACGUUUCUACACAUGGCAUUGAAGUGCAUCUGUUUCUAGGCAAUGCCUUUGGCAUCACCACACCUCGCAAAGAGCUCUAUGCUUUUGAAUGCAUCAACAAGUUAAACGGUCUUUGUCCUAUGUCCUCGUCAAUACACCCGGCGAAACCAACUUGGAGCCAAGUUCGUGACAAUGGAAGCCUCGUGCUUCCUUCACGCCAAGUCUAAUAGUGCUGGCCUCAAACCCAGUAGCGAUGGCCUCCAACCUAAUAGGAAGGGCUUUCAACCUAGUAGCGAUGGCAUCCAACCUAAUAGGAAGGGCCUAUGGUUUCCAACCUAAUAGGAAUGGCCUCCAACCUAGUAGCGAUGGCCUCUAACCUAAUAGGGAUGGCCUCCAACCUAAUCCCAAGUCUUAGCGAAUUUGAAGUUUAAAAAACUUUAUCUGACUCUUUGCUGCGACAACUUGAAACUGAACAGACAUCUCAAUUUGUGAUGGGAAGUUCACCUUUGUUCCCCAGAUAGCUGGAAGCUAUAGGGGUUCUUACUUCUCAAUGGAUGGGUUCCGGAUUGCGGAAAUUGGCUGCCGCUGCCGCCUUGUUUCCCAAGCUUGUCUCCCUUCAUGAUUUCGCUUUUGGCUGCCGCUGCCGGCUUGUCUCCCAAGCUUGUCUCCCUUCAUGACUUCGCUCUUGGCUGCCGCUGCCGCCUUGUCAUUUUCUUGCUUGCGUUUGACGCGGAUGCUGUUAUAAGAUGAUUUAGGUCUUGUUUACCUUUUCCAUCCUGUUCCCGCUUUGAGUGGGAUGUCUCCCAAGCUUGUCUCCCGCUCUUGCCAUGGUGUCCAACUUUUCUUGAAGUGCUAUUUGGGGUCUAUGCCGGUAUAAUGUUUUUCAACGUUCUUGAGGUACUUGUCAUGCACGUAUGCAGGCGUAUGCGGACAAAUGUAUACUGUACAUUGGCUGUUCGCGGUGUCACACGCAUCUCGACUCUAGACUUGGAAAAACACGUCCCUUUUGAACAAAUCACACAGUAUUCUUCAGUCAGAUCUUUACGCAAGAUUGCAUUCGAUCGGAUUCUGCUUGAGCGCUCAGUGGGGCAAGGUGUUGGAAGCUGAGAUGCACGCCUUCACACAUUCUUGCUCCUAGUAGUGUCCUUGCUCCUAGUAGUAAGGCCAGGAGCCGCUAGUAGCCUCCUUGCCUUCACACAUUCUUUUCUCUUCAAUAGUGUCAAUUGCACCACUAGGACAUUGUCAAUCGUGGAAUCAUCGGACAUGACUGCUUCACUGUGGCAGCUAGGUCAGUGCUUGCCUAAGGUGACCGCUCACGUGUACCAGGCUUCUCCACACUUUUGGAAAUCACUUCUUCGAUUCAGAAACAAGUAUGCGGCAGACGUUCUCUACAAGAAAAGUAUGUGCAUAGGCUGUUCUUGAUGGGCAUUACCAGGCACGAAUUGCCGCUUUGUUUCUUUGAAAGACUGAAACAGUGCCACGUUGGCCCAAAGGUGGCAGUAAAGCAGAUCAAUGACGUGGACAAGUCUGAGAAGGACUUACGCGCAUUCGAGCGUGAGGUGGCAGUCCUGAUGAGGACUUGUCAUGAAAAUUUGGUGCGGUUUCUGGGUAUUUCAUCCAUCCAGAGGCCAUUUCGCAUCAUCACAGAGUAUUGUGCAGGAGGCUGCGUCUUCUCCUUGCUGCACAACCAGGAGAUGCUGCUGGCAUGGCCACAGAAGUUGCGAAUCCUUUUGGACGUCGCAAAAGCCAUGCAGUACCUCCAUGAGUUCAAUCCACAGGUGAUCCACAGAGAUUUGAAAUCCCUGAAUCUCCUCUUGACAAAUCCUGUGAAGACUACGUUGGAUACACCAUAUACCAAGGUGUCAGACUUUGGCCUUGCACGAAUCAAGUGGCAGGCUGAGGCUGGCUCGACCUGGCCGCAAAUGACCAGAGCUGCUGGAACAUGCCAUUGGAUGGCUCCAGAAGUCUUUGUAAGCGACACCUAUGAUGAGAAGGUGGACUUGUACUCUUAUGCCAUGAUCCUUUUCGAGGUACUUUGCCAAGAGAUUCCCUUUGAGGAUCAAAACCCUGCAGACAUAGGGCACCUCUGUGUGAAAGGCUGUCGUCCUGACUUGGCAUCUGUGCCUGACGAAUGUCCUGAAGUCUUGGUGCAACUAAUGCAAACUUGCUGGGCUGGCACACCUGCCAAGAGACCACCUUUUUCUGAGAUUCUCCCAAUUCUGGAGCAGGUUGAGAUUCCACAGUGAUUGAUGCAAACAGUGGAAAAAAGUGAGUGAGAGCGCACAGUCUCAAGUGCUUGUAAUCGGGUUGGCAAGAAAUUCUUUUUGUGUGACAAGUUUGGACAGCGGCAGCCAGUUUUUUGUUGUCGACAAAUCAGC